AUGGCCUCUGCAGACUCUGAGAUGGCUGUUUUUGGAGAGGCAGCUCCCUAUCUCCGAAAGUCAGAAAAGGAAAGAAUUGCAGCCCAGAACAAGCCUUUCGAUGCAAAGUCAUCUGUCUUUGUGGCUCAUCCUAAAGAAUCCUUUGUGAAAGGGACAAUCCAGAGCAAGGAAUCAGGGAAGGUCACUGUCAAGACUGAAGCUGGAGAGACCCUGACCGUGAAGGAAGACCAGAUCUUCUCCAUGAACCCUCCCAAGUACGAUAAAAUCGAGGACAUGGCCAUGAUGACCCACCUCCACGAACCCGCUGUGCUGUACAACCUCAAAGAGCGUUAUGCAGCCUGGAUGAUCUAUACCUACUCGGGUCUCUUCUGCGUCACUGUCAACCCCUACAAGUGGCUGCCGGUGUACAACCCGGAGGUGGUGUUGGCCUACCGAGGCAAGAAGCGCCAGGAGGCCCCUCCACACAUCUUCUCCAUCUCUGACAACGCCUAUCAGUUCAUGCUGACUGAUCGCGAGAACCAGUCGAUCCUGAUCACUGGAGAAUCCGGUGCAGGGAAGACUGUGAACACAAAGCGUGUCAUCCAGUACUUUGCAACAAUUGCAGCCAGUGGGGAGAAGAAGAAGGAGGAACAGUCUGGCAAAAUGCAGGGAACGCUUGAGGAUCAAAUCAUCAGCGCCAACCCACUGCUGGAGGCCUUUGGAAACGCCAAGACCGUGAGGAACGACAACUCCUCACGCUUUGGCAAAUUCAUCAGAAUCCACUUUGGAGCCACAGGCAAACUGGCUUCUGCUGACAUUGAAACUUAUCUGCUGGAGAAGUCCAGAGUCACUUUCCAGCUCAAGGCAGAAAGAAGCUACCACAUAUUUUAUCAGGUCACCUCCAACAAGAAGCCAGAACUAAUUGAAAUGCUCCUCAUCACCACCAAUCCAUAUGACUACCCUUUUGUGAGUCAAGGCGAGAUCACUGUUCCCAGCAUUGAUGACAAGGAGGAGCUGAUGGCAACAGAUAGUGCCAUUGACAUCCUGGGCUUCACUGCUGAUGAGAAGACAGCCAUCUACAAGCUGACAGGGGCUGUCAUGCACUAUGGGAACUUGAAGUUCAAGCAGAAACCAAGAGAGGAGCAGGCAGAGCCGGAUGGCACAGAAGUUGCUGACAAGGCUGCCUACCUUAUGGGUCUGAACUCAGCUGACAUGCUCAAGGCACUGUGCUACCCCCGAGUCAAGGUUGGAAAUGAGUAUGUGACCAAGGGUCAAACUGCACAGCAGGUGCACAAUGCUGUAGGUGCUCUGGCAAAGGCUGUCUAUGAGAGGAUGUUCUUGUGGAUGGUUGUUCGCAUCAACCAACAGCUGGAUACCAAGCAGCCCAGACAGUACUUCAUUGGUGUCUUGGACAUUGCUGGCUUCGAGAUCUUUGAUUUUAACAGCUUUGAGCAGCUGUGCAUCAACUUCACCAAUGAGAAACUGCAACAGUUCUUCAACCACCACAUGUUCGUGCUAGAGCAGGAGGAAUACAAGAAGGAAGGAAUUGAAUGGACAUUCAUUGACUUUGGGAUGGACCUGGCUGCCUGCAUUGAGCUCAUUGAGAAGCCCAUGGGUAUCUUCUCCAUCCUGGAAGAGGAGUGCAUGUUCCCCAAGGCAACUGACACCUCUUUCAAGAACAAGCUCUAUGACCAGCAUCUGGGCAAGUCCAGUAACUUUCAGAAGCCCAAGCCUACGAAAGGGAAAGUUGAGGCCCACUUCUCCCUGAUACACUAUGCUGGUACAGUGGACUACAACAUCACUGGCUGGCUUGAGAAGAACAAAGACCCCCUGAAUGAAACUGUCAUCGGGUUGUACCAGAAAUCAUCACUGAAAACAUUGGCCUUACUCUUUGCCAACUAUGGUGGAGCAGAAGCAGAGGCUAGUGCUGGCAAGAAAGGUGGCAAGAAGAAGGGUUCUUCCUUCCAGACUGUCUCAGCUCUUUUCCGGGAGAAUUUAAACAAGCUGAUGACCAAUUUGCGAAGCACUCACCCCCAUUUUGUACGUUGCAUCAUCCCAAAUGAAACAAAAACACCUGGUGCCAUGGAGCAUGAACUGGUGCUUCACCAGCUGCGAUGUAACGGCGUGCUGGAAGGGAUCAGAAUUUGCAGGAAAGGAUUUCCCAACAGAGUCCUGUAUGCAGAUUUUAAACAGAGAUACAAAGUAUUAAAUGCAAGCGCUAUCCCAGAGGGACAAUUCAUUGACAGCAAGAAGGCUUGUGAGAAACUUCUUGGAUCAAUAGAUAUAGACCACACUCAGUACAAAUUUGGUCACACCAAGGUGUUCUUCAAAGCCGGGCUGAUAGGCCUCUUGGAAGAGAUGAGGGAUGAGAAGCUGGCACAGCUGAUCACACGCACACAGGCCAGGUGCAGGGGCUUCCUGAUGAGAGUGGAGUACCAGAGAAUGGUGGAGAGGAGAGAAUCCAUUUUCUGCAUCCAGUACAACAUUCGUGCAUUCAUGAAUGUCAAGCACUGGCCCUGGAUGAAGCUGUUCUUCAAGAUUAAGCCCUUGCUGAAGAGUGCAGAAUCUGAGAAGGAGAUGGCCAACAUGAAACAAGAGUUUGAGAAAAUCAAGGAAGAGCUUGCAAAAUCUGAGGCAAAGAGGAAGGAGCUGGAGGAGAAAAUGGUGAAAUUGGUGCAGGAGAAAAACGACCUGCAGCUCCAAGUGCAGGCUGAAGCUGAUGCUUUGGCUGAUGCUGAGGAAAGAUGUGACCAGCUCAUCAAAACCAAAAUCCAGCUGGAAGCUAAAGUUAAAGAGGUGACUGAAAGGGCUGAGGAUGAGGAGGAAAUUAAUGCCGAGCUGACAGCCAAGAAGAGAAAACUGGAGGAUGAAUGUUCAGAGCUGAAGAAAGAUAUUGACGACCUCGAGUUAACAUUGGCCAAAGUGGAGAAGGAAAAGCAUGCCACUGAAAACAAGGUGAAAAACCUCACAGAGGAGAUGGCAGCCCUGGAUGAGACAAUUGUGAAGCUGACAAAAGAGAAGAAAGCCCUCCAGGAGGCCCAUCAGCAGACCCUGGAUGACCUGCAGGCAGAAGAGGACAAAGUCAAUACGCUGACCAAAGCCAAGACCAAGCUGGAGCAGCAAGUGGACGAUCUGGAAGGGUCCCUGGAGCAAGAGAAGAAGCUGCGCAUGGACCUUGAGCGAGCUAAGAGGAAACUCGAAGGAGACCUGAAGCUGGCAAAUGAUAGUAUAAUGGAUUUGGAAAACGAUAAGCAGCAGCUGGAUGAGAAACUGAAGAAGAAAGACUUUGAAAUCAGCCAGAUCCAGAGCAAAAUCGAGGAUGAGCAACUUCUGGGCAUGCAAUUACAGAAGAAGAUCAAGGAGCUGCAGGCUCGUAUUGAGGAGCUGGAGGAGGAAAUUGAGGCAGAGCGAACCUCUCGGGCAAAAGCAGAGAAGCAUCGGGCCGACCUCUCGAGGGAGCUAGAGGAGAUCAGCGAGCGCCUGGAGGAAGCCGGCGGGGCUACCGCGGCUCAGAUUGAGAUGAACAAGAAGCGUGAGGCAGAAUUUCAGAAGAUGCGCCGUGACCUUGAAGAGGCCACGCUGCAGCACGAAGCCACGGCUGCCACCCUGCGGAAGAAGCAUGCGGACAGCACAGCUGAGCUUGGGGAGCAGAUCGACAACCUGCAGCGAGUGAAGCAGAAGCUGGAGAAGGAGAAGAGUGAGCUGAAGAUGGAGAUUGACGACUUGGCCAGUAACAUGGAGUCUGUCUCCAAAGCCAAGGCAAACCUGGAGAAGAUGUGCCGCACACUGGAAGACCAACUAAGUGAAUUUAAAACAAAGGAGGAGCAGAAUCAGCGCAUGAUCAGUGAUCUCAAUGCUCAAAGAGCUCGUCUGCAGACAGAAUCUGGUGAAUAUGCACGCCAGGUGGAGGAAAAAGAUGCUUUAAUUUCUCAGCUUUCUAGAGGGAAACAAGCUUUCACCCAGCAGAUUGAAGAAUUGAAGCGGCAGCUAGAGGAAGAGAUAAAGGCCAAGAAUGCCCUGGCCCAUGGCUUGCAAUCGCCUCGCCAUGACUGUGACUUGCUCCGGGAACAAUACGAGGAGGAGCAGGAAGCCAAGAGUGAGCUGCAGCGUGCCCUGUCCAAGGCCAACAGCGAAGUGGCUCAGUGGAGAACCAAAUACGAGACGGACGCUAUUCAGCGCACGGAGGAGCUGGAGGAGGCCAAGUAUGAAGAAGUGAAGCUGGCACAGCGGCUGCAGGAUGCAGAGGAACACGUCGAAGCCGUCAAUGCCAAAUGCGCUUCCCUGGAAAAGACAAAGCAGAGGCUGCAGAAUGAGGUGGAGGACCUGAUGAUUGACGUGGAGCGAUCGAAUGCUGCCUGCGCAGCUCUGGAUAAGAAGCAGAAGAACUUUGACAAGAUCCUGGCAGAGUGGAAGCAGAAGUACGAGGAAACGCAGGCUGAGCUGGAAGCCUCCCAGAAGGAGUCUCGCUCUCUCAGCACGGAGCUGUUUAAGAUGAAGAACGCCUAUGAGGAGUCCCUGGACCACCUGGAAACGCUGAAGCGUGAGAACAAGAACCUGCAGC